AUGUACAUACAUACACAGACACAUGUACACACAGACACAUGUACACACACACACGGACACAUGUACACACACACACAUACAUGUACAUACAUGCAGACACAUGUACAGAUACACACAUGUACACACACACACCACCACCCCCCCCCCAUAAAAAGUUGCAGUACUUCGUUGUUCACUCACAGAGCUGGGUACUGCACUCUAGGGGGAGGCAGAGAGCACAGCACACACUCCUUGCUUUGCUUUCACUGCGCUCAGCUAUUGAGCAGUCUGAUGGCUCCCAGUGCCAAUGACAGAUCUGGUUUGAGCUCCGAGCCUGCUCAGCAAGACGGCCCUGGGGGACACACUCGCCCCAACCAUAAUUUCCACUCGCCAUUAGAGAGCAGGAAAGUGGAAAUUUCAAGUCCUGUACUA